CUCUUUGCAUGUCUCUUUAUUCAGCAUUCUGCAGUCACUAUCUCCCCUCCCUCUGUCAUUCUGGUCCAAAGGGGUUGAGCCAGGAGUUUGGAGAGUUUCACAGUGACUGGAAGCCAAAGGCAGAGCAGGACCUCCAAUCCGUGCAAGAAACGGUACCAUAUCCAUCCAAAGGAUACACAAGAAACCCAAAUCACAGGAUCAGAGAGGACUGAGGAAACCGUUCUUCCCAUAAUUGUUUCUUUGGUCCAGGAGAUUAGUAAAGAAGACAGAUGACGGAUUUUAGGGCAGCUUUAAAGUCCCGCUCUGGCCCUAAACCAGGGUCUGAGAUCAAGACGAGCACACCGGCAAAGGUUGAUUUUAGAUCAUUGCUCAACAAGAAAGAAAGCGCUUCUCCUAAAGCGCCUGCUGCCACGCCACCCGCCCCCAGCGCACCUGCGGAUUUCAAGUCCGUCUUAAACAAGAAGCAGGCACCAGAACCGGAGAAGAAUGAGCAGAAUUUGUCGAAACCAGGAUCCUUACUUCAGAAGGACAAGCAGAGUGGCAUCAAUGGCAUGAAUGGAGGUGCGAACGAUAAAAAAGCCGUUGUAACAGAGAAAGCAACGACUGAGAAAAUAAAUAGCAGCACUGACAAAAAGGAGUUUGCUCCUGAGAAACCAAAGCCAGAGAUAAAGAAAAAUGAUGGAGAGAUUGAAAAGAUUGUCAACAAGAAGGCUGUGAAUGGAGAAAAGAAGGAUGGCAAAAGUCCACCCAUGUUCUCACAGCCUCUCUGUGAUGUCAGUGUGGUGGAUGGAGAGAGGUUGAGGUUAGAGUGUCAGGUGACCUCUCAGGUGCCGGCUGUCAUUACCUGGAUGCUCGAUGGAAAAGUAGUGAAGCCAUCAAAGUUCAUUAUAUUAUCCCAGAAAGGUGACAAAUGCUCACUUACAAUUGACAAGGCUUUACCAGAGGAUGAAGGGCGGUACACGUGUAAAGCAGAGAAUGCGGAUGGUAAAACAGAGUGUUCUUGUAUGGUUACUGUAGAUGAUCCUUCAGAUCCAUCGGCAGAUAAGAAGAACAGGAAGAGCUCUUCUGCUACUCCCACUACAGAAAACGAAGCCAGGAUAAAGAAGAAACCAGCUCCCGCCAAACAGGGUUCUCCACCUCAGUUUCUACAGUUCCCUGGAGAUCAGAAGAUCAGAGCAGGAGAGAAAGUGGAGCUCUUAUGCAACUUCGGAGGGACGGCACCAAUAACCUGCACCUGGCUCAAGUUUAAAAAGCCGAUCCAGGCAGGAAGUGGGGGCAUUUCCAUAGAGACCACAGAGACCAGCAGUCAGCUUACAAUCACAGCGAGUGAUCAAGAUCACUGCGGCUGCUACACGCUGGAGCUGCAGAAUAAAUUUGGCACCAAGCAAUCCUCGCUCAACCUCACCGUCGUAGAUAAACCAGAUCCCCCAGCUGGCAUUCCUGCAGCCUCUGACAUCCGCACAUCUUCACUCACCCUCUCCUGGUAUGGUCCCACUUAUGAUGGCGGCAGCAUCGUCCAGUCAUACAACCUGGAGAUGUGGAAUUCCAUGGAAAACACAUGGAGUGAUCUUACCUCCUGCAACAGCACCUCCUACCACACCCAAAACCUCCUCCCCGAUCGGCAAUAUAAGUUUCGGGUUCGAGCCGUUAACAUGUAUGGAAUUGGAGAACCAAGUGCAGAAUCUGAGCCUAUUACCGUCGGAGUGGAGGAAGUAACAGAGAAAAAGGAAGAGGAAGUUGAAGCAACUGUGUCUGAUGAUGAUGAGGAGAAAGAACCAGAAUACAGAGAUGUAGAAAUUAAGAAAGACUGUAGUGUCAAGGAUUUCUAUGAUAUUGAGGACCGCUUGGGAACGGGUAAAUUUGGUCAGGUCUUCAAACUGGUGGAAAAGUCCACCAAAAAGGUCUGGGCCGGGAAGUUCAUUAAGGCGUUCUCACAGAAGGAAAAGGAGAACGUGAAGCAGGAGAUCGGUAUCAUGAACAGCCUCCAUCACCCUAAACUGGUGCAGUGUGUGGAUGCCUUCCAGGGAAAAUCUGACAUGGUCAUGGUCCUGGAGAUGAUCUCAGGUGGCGAGCUGUUUGAGCGAAUCGUCGAUGAAGAUUUCGAACUGACCGAGAGAGAGGUCAUCAAGUACAUGUUGCAGAUCAUUGAUGGCGUCCAGUUCAUCCACAAGCAGGGCAUCGUCCACCUGGACCUCAAACCCGAGAACAUCAUGUGCAUCAACAAGACGGGGAGCAAGAUCAAGCUCAUCGACUUUGGUCUGGCUCGACGGCUCGAGGAUUCUGGUACGUUGAAGGUUUUAUUUGGGACUCCUGAGUUUGUUGCUCCAGAGGUGAUCAACUAUGAGGUUAUCAGCUACCCAACAGACAUGUGGAGCAUUGGGGUCAUCUGUUACAUUUUGGUCAGUGGUCUUUCUCCAUUCAUGGGAGAUAAUGACAAUGAAACGCUUGCCAAUGUAACCUCAGCCACUUGGGAUUUUGAGGACGAGGCGUUUGAUGAAAUUUCAGAUCAGGCCAAAGACUUUAUUAGUAGUCUACUUAAAAAGGACAUGAGGGCCAGACUGACCUGUGCGCAGUGUUUAGAGCACUCCUGGCUUAAACAAGAUACCAAAAAUAUGGAGGCUAAACAGCUGUCCAAAGAGAGAAUGAAAAAGUACAUCCUGAGGCGCCGAUGGCAGAAAACUGGGAAUGCUGUGCGAGCCAUCUCCAGGUUCAGCUCUAUGGGAAUGUUAGGAGGGAUAGGCCCGAAGAAAACUUCUCCAACUGAUGAAGAGCCUCCGGCACCAUUAUUUGAAUGUUUGGAAGAUGAAAAUCACACCCCUGUGGCUCCCAGCUUCUCCUCUGUCAUUCUGGAUGUGGAGGUUGUGGAAGGCAGUGCCGCUCGCUUUGACUGCAAGAUUGAGGGUUACCCAGACCCUGAGGUCGUGUGGUACAAGGAUGACCAACCCAUUAAAGAGACGCGUCACUUCCAGAUUGACUAUGAAGAGGACGGCCACUGCAGCCUGGUGAUCUCAGAGGUUUGCCCUGACGAUGACGCCAAAUACACCUGCAAGGCCGUCAACAGCCUGGGAGAAGCCAGCUGUACCGCUGAACUGAUGGUGGAGUUUAUGCAGGAGGAGGAGGGGGAAGGUGAUGAGGACGAACAGGAGUGAAUUUGGGAGCGUGGGCUGCAAGUAAAGGGCGGUUUGAGAAGGAAUACCACGGGAACUAUGAAUCUCUUAUAAUAUUUACACACUUGUGCUGCUUUUCUGCUUACGGACACUGACUGGCAUUUUUAAGCUAAACUAUUUAUGAGUGAAAACCGUUUGCUAUAAGCAAAGACAUUCCAGCUUGUGCUUUUUUGUCCAGACCAUUACCCCAACCGAUUUCACAACAUGGACCACAAAACUACUCAUGACCAUCACAUACCUUUAUAACAACCCACUGAUGUUGAGACAUUUGGACAAAAUUCCAUCACAUUGAUCACAUUUUGUUAAUAUUGUAUCAUCCAUGUCUGUAAAUGUUUGUCUGUCAGUAUACUUUUUUGUGCACAUUUCACAUUUUAUGUCUGUUCUGCAUUGACAAAUCACAAAGCACUUAAUGCUUUGUACACUAGUCUAGCAUGGUGUUUUGAUGACAAUAUGAAGACAAUUUAAAUAUAAUGUUGGAGACAGAACUGUAUGCUGAUACUUUUUAUUGAUUUUUAAUAUCUAGAGAUUUUAUAUUUAAACGAUAAUUAAUCCUUUAUAUAUAUCUGAAUGUAGUUUAAGGGAUAGUUCCCAAAAAUUAGAAUUCUGUCAUCAUUAACCCAUCAUGUUGUUUCAAACUUUUAUGAGUACUACUUUACCUUGCAAACAACCACCUCGGUUCCUUCUAUUAUGAUAGUUGUAUGAUGAUGCGAUCUAACUCCUGUCACUUUGAAUGACUUCCUCCUCAUGCUGAAAUGGGAUUUAACAUUUGAUUUUUACCGUUUUGAAAUCCAUUCCGCUGAUCUCCGGGUCUGGCUCUACCACUUUUAGCAUAGCUUAGCAAAAUCCAUUGAAUCUGAUAAGACCAUUAGCAUUGCACUCAAAAAUAACCAAAGAGUUUCGAUAUUUUUCCUAUUUAAAACUUGACUCUUCUGUAGUUACAUUGUGUACUAAGACCAACGGAAAAUUAAAAGUUGCGAUUUUCUAGGCCUAUAUGGUUAGGACUAUACUCUCAUUGUGGCGCAAUAAUAUUACGCAGUGCCCGAAAAUAGUCCCCUGCUAUUGGAAGUUACCAAUAUCAUGGAAAAUUCGUUUUUUUUUUUUUUUUUUAAAGUGAAGUGUGACUUUAAGGGCGGGGUUUACAGAAGUGCUACUGUGCUAUUGGCCUGACAGUCCCAACGCGUCUUGAUUUUAGCCUCGCAGCUUCAUGAGCUCUGUUUCGCACUUGCCCAAUAGUGCAAAAGCGAUUUAUGGGUGCCGUUAACUGUGUGGUUACCAUCAUUUAGCAAUAUAUCUUCUCUUGUGUUCAACAGAAGAUAGUAAAUGAUGACAGAAUUAAAAUUUUGGGGUGAACUAUCCCUGUAUUGACAUACGUAUUACAGUUAAUUUAUAAUGAAAUUGAUCAGCUAGUACCUUUGAUUUUCUAUGCAUUAACAUCAAUGUUUAACUUGCAUACCUGGGUGAUUGUCUGUUGUGUCUAAACUUUUAAAGGUUAUGCAGUUCACUUUGCCUUUAUUUUAGUUAAACCACUUGCAUGACAGAGCAACGAAGUGAAUUUUGUGAAUCUAUCUGCAAUACAACCAUCUUUAUAAACCUGUACAGGCUUUAUGUGCUUGAGAGUCUCUACGCUGUUCUCUGAAAAUGAACUAGUUACAGAAUUGAGACUCAUCCCUUUUUCCUAACUUUUGAGUUUAUCAUAUUAUCAAUUUAAUUUCCCCUUGCCUCCCAAAUUUCUUAUAAAAGUAGUAUUUUAAAAAUUGUGGUCUUAAGUUAAAAACAAAAAUGCAGAGAAAAGAUGUGUACGACUACUUUAAUCUCUGUUAAUUCAAUGUUUAUUUAGGCUUAUAUUACAGUCAAUAAUUGGUUAUGAUUAUCUCACUAAUGGUCAU